UUCCUCUCUCGGUCAGCCCAGCCCACGGGGGCGGAUUUGGUUCAGCGCCCACCGCCUCUGGCCCUCUGCAAACCCUGCUCCGCCCCUGCCCAUCUGCAAACCCUUCUCCCUCUCUCGCUCUCGCUCGCUCCGUAUCAGAAGCCGCCCGCGAGAAGCAGCAUCGCCGUCACCAUCAUGGUGCUGUGAAGCUUUUUGUGUUCGGAGACUCCUAUGCUGACACUGGAAACUGUCCCAAACCAUCCGCCGCCUCCUGGAAGGAACCAUACGGAUUCACUUUUCCCGGCACACCGGCCGGCCGCUUCUCCGACGGUCGUGUUCUCACUGAUUACAUUGGUCCUUGAUUCAUGCCGCCUGAACGUUGAGGCAGCUUAUUAAAAACAAAAAAAAAAUACCUUUGAGUUUUUUUAAUUACAAACUGAAAAUUAUUAGUUUUCUUAGUUCAAAGGAAAAUAUAUCAGGUGACAGCUACAGGUACGACUCCAUUCCCAUUCAAAUCCCUGCAGUAAAAAACUGAACCAAGUUAAUCAAUCCUGUUCCUCUAAAGUUCUUCGAUCUCUUAUACAGAAUGAAAUAAUUCAUUUGGUACCAUGUUAUGUUGUACCUAGUAGUGCUUUGAGUUUGAGUAUUUGGGUGCUCUAGACCACCAUUUUAUGUGGGUACCAUCAUUUCAUUUAGAAGUUGACUUCAACUUUUAGAAUCACACUGGGCAUGCCCUUUUUACUCCCUUCUUCAUCUCUUUUUAGAUAUUUGUCUUUCUAAAUUAAAGUCAUAAUUCUCAAUUAUGUUUCAAGCACUUGUCACUAAAAACAACAUAUCGAGUCUUAAUCUCACUAUGUGGGAAAGCACUUUGCCAGUAAAUCUAAUCUAAAAAAUUAUCUUAAGUAUGUUGACAGAGUCUCAGACAGAUGUUUACUAGACGAGUGAAAAGCGUUAUACAGAGAUCUAUUGCAAAGAUUGAUAAUAAAGAAAAAUUGAAGCCCCCCUAUGCCUUUUACUCAUCUGUGUCAAGCUAUACCGAGCUGCCAAGGAAACUUAAGAACUCUGAGAGGAAGCCAUGGGUAACAAGUAUUACCGAACUCAAGCGUAAAGCUAGGUUGGAAAAGAAAGAGAGGAAGGUGGUUCGAGAAGUUUCUUUAAAUCCUCCUGAAAAUGGUUUAUUGGUCAAAGAACUAGUCCCAGUUGCACAUGAGGUUAUUUCUGCAAGAGCUGCGCUAUUUGAUUGCAUUACAGGGGUUUCCAGAAAUAUUCAAAUCUAUGCAUGCAGCUUGUGUGGAGAAGUUCAUGUUGGUCAUCCUCCACAUAAGAUAAAAACAUGCAAUGUCUCUGGUAGCCCUAGAAGCAAAGAACACAAUUGGGAAAGAGGAGGUGUGGAACAUGUUAUGCCUCUUGUGGAGUCUUUUCAUCUGUAUGACAGAUUGGGGAGAGCAGUUUCACAUAAUGAGAGGCUUCAAGUUGAUCGAACACCUGCCAUUGUAGAAUUGUGUAUUCAAGCAGGUGUGGACAUUCCUGAUUCCCCAACAAGGAGAAGAAAGUUCCCUGUAUAUCAUGUUGCUGGGAGGGUCCUGGAUUUUGAGCGAAGGUUUCCCAAGGAUGAUUCUUCCGGUAAUGAUAUCAAUGCAUAUGGGUUUUGGGGGAAAAGGAAGAAGUUCAGUGAAGAUGAGAAGUCCUUAAAUUUUCCAUGCGAUGAUAUAAAAGGCCUCGCUGUACAAGGCAUACAAGCAUGGGAGAAAAUGAGGUCAGGAGCCAUGAAACUUAUGCUGAAGUAUCCUGUCCAAACUUGUGGUUAUUGCUCUGAGGUCCAAGUGGGGCCUAUGGGUCAUAGAGUGAGGCACUGUCAAGCAUACAAGCAUCAGAUGAGGGAUGGACAACAUGCCUGGCAGGAGGCAACAAUUGAUGAUCUUGUUCCUCCAGUGUAUGUGUGGCAUGUGCGAAAUCCGGGGGAUGAUGGCCUACUUGUGGAUGGCUUAAAGAGAUACUAUGGAAAGCUGCCUGCAGUGGUGGAGCUGUUUGCUCGGGCUGGAGCAUGUGUGGGAGAAAACUACAUUGGUUUGAUGAGGGAAGAUGUUGCAGUGCCAGGGUUGGAUGUAGAAAAAUGGGUUGUAUGAAACUCCUUUCAUGAGCUGUGUCAUUGAGAUGCUGGGGCAAACUUUUGAAGAUUCCAGAAUUUGUGGCUUCAGAAAUCAAGAUUCUUUCAAGGUGUGUUUUUUAUGAUGGGUGCGAGCAUGCUGCAAUUAAAAAAAAAAAAAGACAGACAUGAGACUCUGCAGUUCAUUAGGGUUGAUGCAAGAAAGCUGAAGUUACACACAGCCAAAAAAUAAAAAGAAAAAGAAGAAGAGAAAGGAAACCAGACUUCAACAUGCUACCUGUAUACUGGUAAUCCUUUGAUAAAUUUUAGUGGAGAAGCAAAUAGGCAACUGAAAUGCUAGCUAGAUCUGUAAAUUUGUUUUUUGGUGAGCUUUCAUUCUUAGAAUUUUGACUUCAGAAAUUGGUUUUCUCCAAUGUACUGGUAAUCACCGGAGGAUGAGCAAGUGGGGAAAAAUUGUACAAAACCUGCAUGAAGAGAUUUGGAAUGAUCAUACUUGUGAUUUUGUUUGUUGGGUUUUGUUAUU